CAUCUCCUGCCCAAACAUGUGUGUCUGCUGGCCCCACCCAGCACAGCUGUUUGCCCGGCCCUCCCUGGACCAGGUUCCCACCACGAGGACAGGACGUGCUCCCCACAUCCGCCUCUGCCACCAGCCUGGUGACUUGUGGUCACUGAGCCCAGUAGCCAGAGAGAGACUCUUUAAAAAGACUCUCAGACGUGUCAUUAAAAUCUCAGUGUUGGGUUUGGGGGAAGGUGCUGGGCGGCUCCCGCCCCUGCUUUCCGGAAACACAGAUUUUUAGUGUUUGAAAGUGACAGAAGGCUAAAGUGAGACGGCCCUAAAUAUACUGUCCUGGGCAUUUCCGGCAGCUGGGCAUGUGGGAUUAAUUCUGCACAAGCGGCCUCUUGCCCGAAGUAUUGGACCAGGCCCCACAACGGAGCCACCUCGGGUCCCCCUCCAGCCCAUGCUUCACCCCACCUCCACGCACAGCUCCCACACCACACCCUGCUCCCUGCUGCCCCGGAGCCUGGCCCCCCACUGGCCAGAGGCACAGCCGUGCUCCUAGGCCGGAACUCCAACUCUCCCCAGUUAGGCCACCGCCAGACUCACAGCCCGUACCCCACCCCUCUGAUCUGUGGGUGGCCCUGGCCCACUCAACCUGUGCAUUUGAUGUCCCCUCUGCCUAGAAAGCCCUCCCUGCCACCUCCCCACCUGCCAAGACUCCGUCAUCCCAUCCUUUGAGGCCAGUUCAGAUGUCACCUCCUCCAGGAAGCCCACCCAGAUCCCACCACACCAUGGGACCUCUGACUCCCUGCACUGACUGGGCCUCCCCAGGAGCUGUCACUCCCACCUUGCUUCUUGUUCCUUUCCAUCUCUCCCUCUGGCCCUCCCUCUUCCUUCACCUGCUCCAAGAGGACCCUGCCACCCUUUCGCCCUUGGCUGUGUUUUAUGGCUGUUGUCUCCCUGUCUGUGCUGUCAUCUCUCAGCUCCAGGCCUUUGCUCACACUGGUCCCUUCCUCUGCAGCAUUCUUGUCCCGUGACCUCGUGGUAAAUUCACUGUCACCCCUCAAGGCCCAGCUCCAAUGUCAGCUGUGAGCGCUCACCGUCCCACGUCCCAUCCACACACCUGGUGGGCUCUGAAGUGCACUCAGUCAUGUCCCUGCCGCCACUCGGCCUCUUCUCCUUGGGUGUGACGUCCAUCUCUCAGAGGAGGGGCCUGUCCUCUCUGCCUCAUCUGUGGGCCCAGAGACAGAGGGGCGGGGCCAGACCUGCUGGGUCGGAGGCUGGGGGCAGAAAUGGAAGCUGUCCUUGUCGGCCCCACUGUGCGUCAGGUGCUGUGCUGGGCACCUCACUACCGGGCUCUGGCCCUCAGCACUGGGGGCAGAGCCUGUGGGCAAGCCCGUCCCCAGGGAGGACAUGCCUCUCCCAGGCUGUCCCGGCCCCUGGUUCCCACGGGCCCUGCCACCCUGGAGCCCGAGCCCAGAGCCAGGAGCGAACAGCCCUCUUUGUCUUGCAGUGGAGCUCGACCGCUCCCUGGGCCACCAGGAGCCCCCCUGGAAGGAGUUCCGCUUUGACCUGACCCAGAUCCCGGCGGGGGAGGCGGUCACAGCUGCCGAGUUCCGGAUUUACAAGCUGCCCAGCACCCACCUGCUCAACAGGACCCUCCACGUCAGCAUGUUCGAGGUGGUCAGAGAGCGGGCCAACAGGGAGUCUGACUUGUUCUUUUUGGAUCUUCAGACGCUCCGAGCUGAGGACGAGGGCUGGCUGGUGCUGGACGUGACAGCAGCCAGUGACCACGGGUUGUUGAACCGUAGCAGGGACCUGGGACUCCGCCUCUACGUGGAAACAGAGGACGGGCACAGCGUGGAUCCUGGCCUGGCCGGUCUGCUGGGGCGACGGGCACCGCGCUCCAAACAGCCCUUCAUGGUCACGUUUUUCAGGGCGAGCCCCAGCCCCAGCCCCAUCCGGGCCCCUCGGGCAGUGAGGCCCCUGAGGAGGCGGCUGCUGAAGAAGACCAACGAGCUGCCGCAGCCCAACAAGCUCCCGGGGAUCUUUGAUGGCGCCCACGGCUCCCACGGUCGGCAGGUGUGCCGUCGGCACGAGCUCUAUGUCAGCUUCCAGGACCUCGGCUGGCUGGAUUGGGUCAUCGCCCCCCAAGGCUACUCAGCCUAUUACUGUGAGGGGGAGUGCUCCUUCCCGCUGGACUCCUGCAUGAACGCCACCAACCACGCCAUCGUGCAGUCCCUGGUGCACCUGAUGAAGCCAGACGCAGUGCCCAAGGCGUGCUGCGCGCCCACCAAGCUGAGCGCCACCUCCGUGCUCUACUAUGACAGCAGCAACAACGUCAUCCUGCGCAAACACCGCAACAUGGUGGUCAAGGCCUGCGGCUGCCACUGAGGCCCUGCCGGCCGCUGCAGCGCCUCCCGCCGGGGUCAGCCCCGCUCCGGAGGCUGAGGCCCUCAAAUGCCACCAUAGCGCUGGAGGGGCCGAAGGGAGGGCUCUCAUAUCUGCCCCCAUUCAGCCAGGGUCUGGUCGGUCCUCUCCAGGCCCCUGCGCCCCUUCCCCAGGGUCUGUGGUUUGUCCCACCCCAACCUGUAGGGACGGCUGCACACAGCAGCCAUGGUGUCAGCACAGAGGCCUAUCUUAGGACUGUCCUUGGCCUUCGUGGCUCAUACUGUGGACGACCCAGGCCAGUCUGAGUGUAUAACUGGCUGGUUGGGCCAAGGUUCGGGGGUGGGAGCAGGGGUUGCCCCUUCCCAGGACAACAUGGGCAUUUCCAGGGCCUAGUUAGACACGUGCAUGUCCUCAGUAGUGAGCACAUCAGAGAAAGAACAAGCCAGAGGGGCUCAUGCCCUGGGCCUGCCCUCCUGCCUGGAGAGGCGUGACUCCCAGAGAAGCAAGAAAUCUCAGGGGCUUCCAGUUCCCUCACUGCCCCCAAGUGGGGCUCAGCACUGGACAAAGGUAACUCUUAGAAGCAAGGGCAGUGUGUGCAGCGAGCGGUGGUGCUGGCAGACUCGCGGCACAGACCUCACCACUGCCCAGCCUCUCGCCGUGGCCGUCACUGAGCACCCGGGUUCUUUCCCCGCUGAAUGUGGACAGGGUCUCAAAACCUAAACACAGCCCUAACCGGUUUGGCUCGGUGGAUAGAGCGUCGGCCUGCAGACUGAAGGGUCCCAGGUUCGA